AUGUGCAACAGGAACCUUUCUCCUGACUUCUGGAAUGUGAAAGCGGCGACUUUCGUAGACUUGGCAGCUCUAGACGAUGGGAUGGCCUUCAAGAAAACAAGGACCAACAACCAGCGCAACACGACCCGAAGCCGAUUUCAGUCCCGAUUUCAGUCAACCACAGGUAUCGUGACAUUAAAAGCGCAGAACCUUCGCGAGUUGCGCCCACGCAACGAAAACCAUACCUGCGCAGACAUUGAAGUCCCUCACAUCAACAGCAGCGUUCCAACGGCGCACUCGGUUGGCUCAAAUUCAGCAGAAGAGAGUGAUAUGGAGAGUGUGGAUAUAUCUUCAGAAGACGAAUCCGACGAUGGCUGGUCGGUCAUCAGCGAUGACAGCGACUUUGUUGUUGUUGAUUCUGCUGAGACCAUACACCGGAGUUCGAAGACCAAGUCAAAGAGGAGACCAUCUCUACCGAGACGCGUCUCAAAGGUGCAGGCCAAAUUGAGCACUGCAAGCGUCCACCAAGAGAACAUGAUGGCGAGUGAAAACGAUCGGGAAGAGCUUAAGUUGGAACCUGCUGUAGACGAUAACAGUCAGGACAUUGUUGAUGAUACACAACGAUUGGCCGCACCUAAACCUAGUGGUAACACAAUAGACGUCCUUAUCGAGCGUCUUACCAAGCAAGCAAGAGCUCUAAGUCUUGAAUGA